UCACCUUCGGUUACAGCAAAAACGCAACGAGCGCUAAGUCUUAUGAAAGAACAUAAUUCAAAAACAUGUUCGAUAUGUAAGAUUGGGAAGGAUGAAAAUAACAACAAAUCAACAACAUAUGCCCGAACGAAUAGCUACUAUAGCAAAGGAGAUGAAGAAGAAGUGUCUCCUGAUAUGGCGCUGGAAAAGGUUAUUGAUAAUUUGAAAGAUGAAUUAAGUCAUCUACACAUGGUUUAUAACCAGCUCUCAUACGAAUCAGAUACCAUUGAUCCCGUAAAUUCGCGGAACAAGUGGCACUCUAUUAAGGAACAGGUCAACGAAGUGCUUCACAGUAUGGAUUUGAAGAGCGAUCAAAUAGAAACACUUCAAUCUCUCCUUCCGUCCUCGGCAGGAAAAUCACGUCCGUCUCCUUCCAGUGAAGACAAGGGUUUCUACCCCCGAAGGAGUCUCCGGGGUAGGCUGGCUCGACGACCACGGGAAUGA